AUAGUCUGUUGUUACCAUGGCUUGGCAGGUUACCAUAGUAGCAUUAAACUGCGCAGGCGUUUUAUCCGUCUAGUGGUAUGGCGGUGAAAGCUGUCAACAAAAACUUGUGAUUGUUGUAUUAAACAGGAGAAGUGAGAAGAGGAUCUUUGAAGUGAUGUACCCUGUGAAGAAAAUAACAAAAGAAGAUACUUGGAGGUCUGAUGACUUAAAAGUGCACAUUGAGGCACACAGUGAGGAGAGCAAAAGAAGAUCUAAACGAGAAGAGGAGCACAGGAAAUACAGGGAUGGAGAAUCUCUGGAUCGCCGUCACAGAGAUCCUGAUCGAGAUGCAAGAAGAGAAAAAGAAAAACAGAGAGAGCGAGAAAGCACAAGAGAGAAGAGCAAACACAGAGACCCAGACAGGGAUAGAAACCAGGAUGACAAGCUGCAAGACAUCAGGGAGGAUAGAUAUAAAGAGAGAAAGAGAGAGCGAGAGAGAGACAACAGACACAGAGAUGGAGAUGAAGAAGAAAAAAGACACAAUCGAGGUGAGAAGGAAAACAGUGAAAGACGAAGGGAUAGAGAAAAGGACAGAUAUAAAGACAGGGACGUAGACAUGUACAAUCAGUGGGACAGAGGUACAAACAGGGAAGGAGAAAAAGACAGAGAUAGAAGGAGAGCUGAGAGAGACAGGGAGCGAAAAAGUGAAACAGAUAGAAGGAAAGAGGAGAGAAGAGAAGGAGAAAAAGAUGAAAGGGAGAGAGACAAAGAACGAGAAAGAGAGAGGAGAGAAAGACACAGAGCAAGAGAAAGUGAACAGCAUCGACAUGAAUAUGAGGAAAAACAGAGGGAGGGAGAAAGGAGAGAGAGACGCAGUGAUAAAGAACACUCUGGACACAGAGAAAAAGAACACAGAAGAGAUAGAGAAGAUAGAGAGAAGAGAAGAAGGGAUAAAGAAAGUCAUGUGGCACACACAAGUCACUCUCGAGAAGUUGAACAGCAUCACCAGGAGUGGAAAGAGUCAAGGGAUUAUUUCCACGGCAUCAAAAAUGGGGAUAGGGAAAAGGCCAGGGAGAGGGAAGAGAGAGAUAAACGGCGUGAAAAAAGGCACAAAGAGGCUUCAGAGUCCAAGAGGAGUGACAGAGAGCGGAAACAUAAAGAUUCAUCAGGUCAUGACCUGAGUGAAAGGAUAAAUACAGACAAAGAGGAACCUACCAAGAUACCUCAGUUAACAUGGAGGUCUAUUCAAGCUGAAAUGAGUGAUCCAGAGAUCCCUGUGGAGAAUGAAGAAACUGAAGAGAACAAACAAGCAAGCAAAGAUCAUAAUGAUUAUGAGGAGGAUUUUGAGGAUUAUGAAGAAGACUUUGAGGAUGUUGAUGAAGAGGAGGAUGAUAAUGAGGAGGAGGAGAAAGAGGAACAUGACAAAAAAUUGAGAGAAGACAAGAGGGAGUUGAGUCCCAAGAGAAGAGAAGAGAUAGAAGCCAUCCAGAGAGCCAUUGAUGAGGAAAAUGAGAGAAUCUACUCUGCAAGAUCAAAGCCCACAAGUGCAGAGUCAGCUGUCACCCAGAGAGAAAGGCACUCCGACAGAAGUCGAGCACAUGGCAAAAUUAUUGAUUUUGUAUCGGCAAAGCAGCGAGAGGUCAGCCAGAAAGUGGCCAAGAAACAGAAGAAGCGCAGUGAAGAACUUCUGCGCCUGAUUGAUUUAGACUUCUCCAUCACCUUCUCUCUGCUGGACCUGCCUCCGGUCAACGAGUAUGACAUGUACAUCAAAAAUUUUGGAACAGCUAAUACAAAACAGGCUUAUGUGCAGUGCAAUGAAGACAACACUGAUCGAGAUAUACAAACAGAAGAAGUAAACAUGACAGACAAAUGGACACAACACCCACCAGAAGCAAAUGCGGCAUGUGGAGGGUCUAAGGCAACUGAAGAUAGUGCAGAUGAAUCCACUUCAAGAAUAAAUACUAAUUCUCAACGGCUGACUACUUUUUUACGUUCUGCUGCACAGGUGAUGGCUGUUCUGAUAGAGGAAAAUAUGGCAGAGAGUAAUUCUGUCAGAAGACUUCGCUCUCAAACUGACGCACUGUCCUUUAGCGAUGGCUGCAUUCAACUCAAUACCAAACUCCCCUUUCUGCAUGGUCGGCAGGUGAGUCUGCUGCAGUUCUCUCAGGUCCAGAGACAGACUCUUCUGUCUGUUCAUCCUCCUUCCUCCAAAAGCAGUGCUGUACGUCUUGACGGUGAGACAAUCAUCUGUGUUUGGAACAUCUGGGAGCCAUCCAGACCCCAAAAAAUUCUUCUUUAUGAAUCUGAGGUAAGGUGUUGUUGUUUCAGUCCUGGUAAAGUUACACUAGUGUUUGCUGGUACAGAAAUAGGCUCAGUGGUGGUAUGGGACCUCAGAGAACAUUCUGGCACUCACUUGAACUUGGUGGUUGGCAAGGAGGUGUGGACACUAUGCUAUCCGACCUUCUCAACAGAUGCUGUGCUUUCAGUGGUGGGUCAUCUCUCUCCCGUCGUGUCCAUUGAACCUGUACUGGCGACUGCUGAUACAAGUUCAAAGAGCACACUAACUGCAGACAUAGAUGAGUCUCUGGGACUGUCAUUCCAGUUAGGAUCUCUGGAUGAAAAUGGAGUGUUAACUCUCUGGGUUGUGGUUGAGCUGCAGAAAGGAAAUGAUUCUGGUUCUCAAACAGACCUAGGUCUGAGGCCCGGUGGUAAAGUUAAACUGCUCCACAGCUCCUCUCUACAGACCACUGAGAAAUCACCUCAAGAUGUUAUAAUGGGAUUUGGACCUCCUGUGAGCCUUCAGCUAAAGUUCCUCCUCUCUGACUCAAACCAUUACUUCAUUGGUACUAACAUGGGUCUGGUUAGACAUGGUACAAGGCAUAGCUUAAAAGUUCUUCCAAAGUUCUACAGAUCACAGUUUGAUAGCUGUAGACCAGUGGAGGUCACAGCACUUGACUUCAGUCCUUCCGGGGAACCUUUGUUCUUGGUUGGCUGCAGUGAUGGAACAGUCCGAUUGCACUCUGUCCUGAGAGAAGAUCCGUUGAUGGAAUGGUCUGGAUGUUCGAGUGGCGCUUCCAUUCUGUCAGUGCAAUGGUCUCAGACUCGGUCAGCUGUGUUCUGUGUUCUGGAUGCUGCCUCUGAUCUUCACAUCUGGGACCUGACUGUGAAGGAUUAUGUGCCAUUCGUCACUGAGAAUAUACACAAUGACCGGGUGACAGCCAUGGCAGUGUUUGGUGAGCCAGCCAAACAGAACACAUUUUCUGGUGUUGCGCUCGCCAAGCAGUCCGGCAAGGUGGAGAUUCAGUAUUUUAAGGAGUCACUUACAGUGCCGAGUGCCUAUGACAAAGAAAAGCUUAAGUCUUUUUUGCACGAUGCUCUUAUGAUAUGAGAUAGAUUCUCAUCCAAAUCAAGCAGAGGUCUAUCUGAGCCCAGAUUCAAAUGAAUUUCCAGUUAAAUCCAUAAUAUGCAAAUAACAGAAGGAACACACAAAGAGACAUUAGAGAAAGUCAUGCGCAGUAUGGGCAGACCUAGUGAAUUAUAUUUCCUUGUUACAUCAAUAAGGUACCUAAAGCUACACUGAUGGUGGCUAGAACAGCAUGAAAAGAAUGAGAAAUGGUUGUUUAAUACUGUCACAGUGGCUACGCUUUUUGGUCUGUACAAAUAACAAAGGAACUUCCCUUGCUUAAAAAUUGUUACAUCUGAAAUUUUGCUGAUGUUAGCUAGAACAUGAUGGUUUUGUUGCUGGAAGCAGCAUUUUGUAAGGUUAGAUCAAACGCUAAAGGGAGCACAUAAAUAUGAGCGUUCUGUUCCUCAGGGAUAUAAAGACAUUAUAUCCAUUUUGUAUUGUUUUACAAUAUGUACAGUUGAAUACUUACACUGUGUAGCAUUUGAACAGGAA